CUCUCCGGAAGCCCGCUCCUGUGUGACCUGACGGUGUUUCAGUGAAAUGGAUCCUCUGUAAUCUGAAAUUAGGAGUCAUGUUCGGAUUAAAGGCUCUGCAGAAAAACAAAACAGUCAGAUAUGGAGUCCCCAUGCUGGUAGGUCGAUCUUAUAUCAUAUCUUUAUUUUCAUUAUCACACAUUAACGCGGUUUUGAGACCAUUUAGCGAGUGAGUGAACAGUUUAGUGGAGGAUAGAUCCGCUUCAGGGUCAGUUUAGAGUUAAUGUUGAUGUUUUAGAUGUUUCUGUCGUAAAUUAUUCACUCAGGAUAUCUCAUAUUAGUAGAUUAGAUUUAGUCAGAGCCUGGUUUAUUUCGUAUUCAUUAAUACUCAGCUAAAAUUUGUGUGAAUUGUGUUUCAUGAAACAGAGCUGUAAGUUUAAAGGGAUGUUCCGACGUAAAAUUAAUUUAUUUGUAGUUUGUUGCCGACCGCUUGCUUCUCUAGUUAUACCAAUUUUAGUAACGACCGCAGGAUAGCAAUACACAUCGGUCUGAGGAGCCAUAAACAAACCUUAACAAAAACGCCGCUCUAUAGCCACAAAUAAUGCUCAGAACAGCACCUAACUUCAUCAACAGGACAUAUAGGACUACAGCGGGGUGACGCAGCUCAAGGAAGAACAUUUAUGAUCAUUUCUUUAUCAUUUCCCUGAGUAUAGUCUGAGUAGAGAGAAAGAAGCAGAUGUUUCUUUUCACUCAUUUUCCUCUGAUAUUAAACCUGUAAUGCUCUAAAAUCACACAAACUGACCACAUGUCCUCUGGAUGUUUUCAGCUGCUGGUAGUCGGAGGAUCCUUCGGUCUGCGAGAGUUCACACAAAUCCGCUAUGACGCUCAGAGGAUCAGGAAAAAGGUUCGUAGAGGAUAAAAACAUAUUUUAUAAGGGCUUCAACUGAACAGCCAUCUGUGCUAUAGCUCCACCCAGUGUUCAGACACAUCACUGCAUGUCAGAUUCCUGGUUUCUUGCAUGUAUAGGGUAUAAAAAUAGCACCAAUGCAGAGAUGUUCCUUCCUGUUUGAGUUCUGCCGGCGCCCUGCUGUGAUAUGUGCCCGAUUGAAGCGUAUUUAUAAUUUUUUAAAGGACUAUAGAUGAUUUAAUUUGUCCAUCCGUCACUGCAGACACGCAGCACUGUCAGCCUUGUCUAACCCAUUUAGAGCGCCUCAGUACAAGUGAGAACAGGCCGGAAUAAUUCAUUAAAUGACAGAUCCGAUUCAUUAAAGUGACGGAGGAGCGGCCCUUUAUUAGACGCUGUUAUGUUGUGAUGAGCUGGCUGAGGGAGGAAGUCGCUGGUUUGUGCUUUUUUACUGUCGUGUGUGACGCUGGGUGGGAGCCAGAUGGCAGGGGCGUCUUUCCUUAUUAUUGUCCGUCCGUGUGAGGCGGCGCUAGACUGUGGAGGAUGAAGUCGGAGAGGAGGCGAAGAGCCCCUGGCAGCCGGCCCACGCAGCUGCCCCCUGCACUGCUGGCUCUCCUCGGGGGGCUGCUCCCCUCUCAGACCCCGUGGAGUAAAGACUCGGCUCUGCUCUGCAUGUGUGCGCUCACUCGAACACUUCAGUAUUUUAACAUCAGGCUGAUGUUUCCUCCGUCAUCACAUUUUCACAGAAUCAAACUCAGAGUUAAACCGUAAAGAGAAACAAACUAAAGACAGGUGUUGUUUUUGGCUUCCUGUUUUAAUUUUAGUCUUUUAGUCAAACUGUCAUUUUAGUUUUAUCAGUUUUGGUCACGUUCAAACUCAUUUUUGUUUAGUCGAGUUGUAGUCGGCGAAAACUCUGAGCAUUUUAGUCGAGUCUUAGUCAGAAUAACCCACGACUAUUUUAGUCUAGUUUUAGUCAAUGACUUUAAUCUCUUUUUAGUCAUGUAAUUCUGUUUAACCCAGUUACGAUUAGGGUUGGGUAUCGCUUGAUUUUAAACAAUUCUGAUUUCGAUUCCUACCGAUUCUCUAUUCGCGAUUCUUUUAAAAGGCAGGAUAUUAAAAAAAAAAGUACAUGGUUAAAAUGAGUGUGCUAACCAGAGUUCUUCUUUUUGGAUGAAAUUUCUGAACUUCUCCAUGAAUUUUUAAAUCAUAUUAACUUUUUAAGAACUUUACUAUGAAUUUCUCACAUUUUCUACCAGUAUAUCAAUAUGAAGUCCAAGAGCUAAUGUUAGUUGGAUAUUUAAGUUGACCCACCGUGCACAGUACAAUUUGUUUACCGCUCCAAAGUUAGCAGAGGACAGAAGUAAUUUACUGUUUCACUUUUCUGAUCCUGACUGGUUAGAGGAAGACCGGUGUUGUGCCGUAGAAUGCACAUUAGCUUCUUAAAGCGGAAGAAAAUGAUCUCAUAUAAAGAAAAAAACACGAGUUUUGGAUCAUGACAACAUGUCAAAUGGAGCAGCAAACUUUCACUUUGUUUUUAUGUGUCUCUAAAAUGCUCAUAUAGAGAUGUACUUGGGUGUAUAAACACUACAGUAAGCUGUGAAGGUAAAGAACAUUAUAUCGGAUUGAGGAUGUGACGUCGCACAGCCGAGGAAACAGAAAACAACAACAACAACGCGAUUGAACAAUUUCAUCUCAUUUUAGUCAACGAAAAUGAACAUUUUAGCAGAGUUUUUAUUUCGUGAACCAAAUUAAGUCUCGUUUUUAUUUGUCUACAAUAAUGUUUUAUAUAUUUAGUCAUAGUUAUUGUCACAAGACCACCAUUUACGUUUGGUCUCGUCUUGUUUUUGUCACGCGAUAAAGGUUCAUUGAUGAAAGCAACACUACUCAUGACCGGUGCAGAAUGAGACCAGAGACGCUUUGAGUGAAGAUCGAGUCACACCUGAAGGUUCUUACCUUUCCGUUAUGUUGUCAGGGACUUAACCACGACCACCUCAGCCUCCUCGCUGCCAAUAUUCCAGCGUCUCCAAAAUCAUUUAAAUGUGUAAAAAUAAGUCCCAUAUUUAAAAAAAUAAAACACACCUUAUAAUCCAAUUAGCAUAUUUUCUUCAAAUAUUAACUCGUUGAACCCGAGGGCCUCCUGUCUGUACUCCUCCUCCUCCUCCUCCUCCUCCUCCUUAGGUUUAUUUUAGAGCUGAAGGAAAGUUAAUAACACCUCCACAGCAGCUCUCAAACUAAUUACUCCGGCUAUUUAUUCCCGAGUCUGAGGGCUGGAGAAUAUUCUAUAUAUUAUUUAUUUGCUGUAGUAAUGUAGGCCUAAUUAAAAAUCAAUCAUGGAAUUAUGAAACUCAUCAGUCAUCCCAGUAACUGCAGGAUUAUUUCCAUGAAAUAUUAGAACUCAUUAAAAGUAAUGAUUCAGAAUGGGAUUCAUUUCAGUCCUAUUCUCGGGCAAAAUCCAUUUGAAUUGCAGAAGCGGGAGAGAGCGGCAUCGGACUGAAGAGAACCUCUGACCCAUAACUCUCUUUAUCGCCGCACCUGCUGAUACCGGCGCCGAGUGAAGCGGAAUAAUUUGAAGGGUAUAAACAGGAGGGUUCAGGUCCUUCCUGAUAAUUCGUCUGCUCUUGUUGAAUUUUUGUGUAUUAUCCAUCUUUAGAGUCAGAAACCUCCUCACACUAACUCUUCUCCUCUCCCGUCUCUCAGCUGGAUCCUUCUCUGGAGGCCAAAGUGAACUUGGAGCGGCAGUCGGUCAUCCUGGAGGAGGAGUACGAGGUGAGAAGAGACCAGCAGGGCGGCCUGAGGAGAGGGAGGGAGAGGAGGGUGGAGAAGGAAGGGUAGAGAAGGAAGCUGACGAAACAUACGUGUGCUCUUCUGUGAUGGAAGUUUUCACGUCAUCAUGGGACAAAAAUGGGCAAAAACACAGGGUCGUGUUUUAAUUUAAGGAUUUAACAUUAAACUUAAAAACUCUGGAAAAUAAAAAAUCUGAUUUUUUUGACCCGAGGAUGUGAGUUUUAAAGAGAAAAGAAGAUAAUUUAGUGUUUGUCUUUUCAUAUUCCAACCACUAAAUGUUGCAUAAACAUCCACCAGAAAGAAGAUAAUUUAGUUUGAGCUGCUUUAUUAUCUUUUAAUUAACCUGGAGGCAGAUCUUCAUCCGUCACACAUCCUAAUAAAACGGGUCAAAGUUGGAAUAUGUGCGAACCUUUUCUCCUGAAAGUGGAGGAGAAGGUUCGAUGUCAGACAAAGUCAAACAGCUCCUCCGAUAAAAGGCUGGAAACUGGAGGAUGAGGGAGGGUAUGAAGGUAUUUGACCAUCCGUGAAGAGGAAUCCUGACAGCUCAAGUCUGGCCUCCACUCACCUGUGAGACACACCAGAUGUCUGAGUUUUCCUCAUCUGGUCAUUUCAAACGAAAUCAGACAGAAAUCCUGCAGGAACUUUUACUCUCUGAAUGUUUUUCUUUGUUUCCCCGCAGAAGCUGAAGGAGGUGAAUUUGGAGGACUGGAAGAACAUCCGCGGCCCUCGUCCCUGGGAGGAGUCGAGGGAGUAUCAGGAGCAGCAGAGAGCGAAACUGAACAAGAACGAGUGAAACUCAGAGAGGACUGAACGAACCGAGGACAAACACAGAGAGACGGACUGGACAAGAGGAGUCUCUCCUUUUAGACUCGGUGAAUACAUGAGAACUUUAUAGACGUCCGCUUGAGUUGGACCUGACAGGGAAAUCCAAAUAAAGUCAAACCUGGACUUUGAUUCUUGGGGGUCUUAAAGAAGUUUAUGGUUUUGGAGUGAAGGUGUCUUCACUAAACCAGGAUGUGAUGGAUGUAAAAGAAGGUAAAGAUCAUUAAAUUAUGUUUCUAUCAAAAAAAAAAACGGACUUGGAUCGUUUUAAAUGUCUGAAAAAUGACAAAAUUUUACUUCAGAGAAAGGAGGGAGAGAAGGAGGAAGGAAAGAAGGAGGUAGGAAGGAAAAGAGAAGGAACAAAGAGGGAGGAACGGAAUAAGGGAAGAAAGUGCAAGGAAGGAGAGAAUAAAAGCAGGAGAGGAGAAGGGAAAGAAGAAAGGAAGGAACAAAGGGAGGGAGGAAAAAGGUAAAGGAAAUAGGUUGGGGAGAAUGGAGAGGAGGGUGAAGGGAAAGGAGACAAGGGAGAGAGGAGGCAGGAAAGAAAAGGAGGAAGGAAGGAAAGCAGGGAGAAGGUAAGGGAGGUAGAAGGGAAGGGAGGCAGGAAGGAAAAGGGAGGGAAGAAGGGAAGAGUGGGAGGAAGGAGAGAGUAAAAGCAGGAAAGGAGAAGGGAAAGAAGAGAGGAAGGAAAGGAGGGAGGUAGUAAAGAAGACUAGGUGGGGAGGGAAAGGAGACAAGGAAGGGAGGCAAGGAGGAAGGAAAGUAGGGGGAAGGAAGGAAAGUAGGAAGGGAAAGUAGACGAGGGAGGAAGGAAAAGGAGGGAGAAUGCAAACGAGACAAGGGAGGCAAGAAGGAAAGGGCAAA